AUGAGUAGCUGCAGUCUUAAAUGUAGUAUAUUACCUUGUGUACAUAUAGAAAAUAAUAAGAAUGAAUUGCAUAUAGAAAAUUCAAAGGAUGGAAAUGGAAUUAAUAAUAUAAUUCAAGAGGAUCCAAAUAAUGGGCUUAACGAUAACAUUAAUAAUAAUGAUAUUAAUAAUAAUAAUAAUAAUAAUAAUACAAUUGAUAAUUGUAUAUGUGAAAAGUCAUCUGAGGAAAUCAGUGUGCACACCGAAAAGUGUGUUCAUACUGUGUCUUUAGAUGUGAAUGUGAAAGAUUAUAAUUUUGAGGAAUUUAUAAAUUCCUUUGAAAGUGAUAGAAGGAAUAUAUUGUUAAAUACAUUUAAUUAUUUUUUUUAUAACAAUUUUGGAAAUUUAAGUGAAGUAAAAUUAAAAAAUGGAAGUAUUGCACAUAAUUAUUAUUAUAGAAAGAUAGCACUGAAUAUUAUGAAUUAUGAUUAUGAGAAAGAAUAUAGAUUAUAUGACGAUAAUAGAAAAAUUAAUGAAAAUUCAAUAAUAAUGCAAUCUCCAGCAUAUUGCAUAAAUGAAGAAAAUAAUAGUAGACCACCUUUAUAUGAAGAUAUAUUUUUAAAGAAGACUAAAAUUACUAACAUUGAUGAUAAGAAUACAAAAGAGACAAUUAAAAAAUAUAAAUUACCAUUCGAACCUAAUUUUUAUAGUAAUCGUUUUUUUUUCUUAGAUAAUGAUAUGAAUGGAAGUUUACAUCAAUCUACUAAAAAUUGCACAAAGUAUUGCAAUUCUUUUGUAGUUAAUUAUAAUAAUGUAAGUAAUAGUAGAAAGAAGAAGAAAAAAAAUACAAACCCAAUCAUUUUUAAUAAUAAUAUGAAUCAUAAUAAUAAUAAUAAUAAUAAUUGUGACCAUGUGAAACCAUUGUGUUGUUCAUAUAUUUUACGAUUCGAGGGCCCUCCUCCACAUUUUUUAAUUAUUAAGUUUGACAAAGUUAAUAGAAAGGCCUAUAUAGUUAAAAAGGUACCAGUCAAUAAAAACAUUUCCUUUAAUUUGGCAAAAUUUAUAGCAGAAAAGUAUAUCAAUAUGUUAAGAAAAAACUUGAGGAAGAGAGAAAUAAAAAUGGAGAGGAAAAGAAAUAAUAACAUCUUGAAUAGUAGAACGAAGAGGGGUUCAAGUAAAAAGGAACAUAUUGAAGCGAAUAUGGAAAAUAGUAAUGAUAAUAUUAAUAAUAAUGAUGAUAAUAGUAAUAAUAAUGAUGAUGAUAAUAAUAGUAAUAAUAAUGAUGAUAAUAAUGAUGAUAAUAAUAGUAAUAAUUGUAAUAAUAAUAAUAAUAAUGAUAAUAUCGUUAAUAAUAAUAGUAAUAAUAUCAAUAAUAAUAAUAGUAAUAAUAAUGAUGAUGAUCAUCUUGUUUGUAACAAUGAAAUGGUUCAUAAUAACGACUGUGGUACUAUAAAUAAUUAUAGUAAUAAUAGCAGCACGAAUUAUUCGUCGGAUUAUUCAUUUUCAAGAAAUGGAGAAGUGUUAAAUGAAUAUAAUGAAGACGAUUUGAAUAAUUAUCUUCUGAAUAUGGAUAUAAAUUCUCUACCUUAUGAGGAUUAUAAUUCUGAAAAUUAUGUUAAUGAGAAAAUGUGUAAAAAUGAAUAUUUGGAUAUUGAUUUAGAAAAUAUAAUUUUUAGCAGGAAUGCAGAAAAGUAUAUAAAAUUUUUAAGUAAUGUGAAAAUAUAUUUUUUAAAAAAGUUAGAUGAUAUAGAUUAUUUUAAUACUAAUUGUAAAGACCCAUUUGAAAAUAAAAUUGUGAUUAUAGUAAAAAUGAAAUAUGACACUUGUGUUAAAUCUAAAGUGUUCAUAUUUGAAAAUAUGAAGGAUUUGGAAAGUGAAUAUGAAUACGUGGAUAUCGAUGAGAAUGAACAGGAUAAUGAUAAUAUAUGUUCUAAGAAGGGAGGUGACAACACGUUUGUAUCUUUAUUAAAUGAUGAGGGGCAUAUGAAUGAUAGUAUGUGUAACUGUUCAAAUGAUGCCAACAACAACAACAAUAAUAAUAAUAAUAAUAAUAAUAAUAAUCUUAAUUGUGGUGAUGACGGUAAUAAUAAUAAUUCAUUCGAUGCAUAUAUCAAUUCGUCAAGCCAUGUAGUAGGCAACGAACAAACAGGUGAUAAACAUGAAACUAAUAAGAAAGAAGAUAAUGAAAAUGAGGAAUCGAGAAAUGUAAAAACAGAGGGAAAUUUUAUUACAAAAAACUUUUUUGGUUUAUUUAAAAAUGAAUGUAAUGCUAAUAAUGGUUCUAAUAAAGAACAUUUGAAAGAAGAAGAUGUGUGUAAUAAAAAUACAGAGGAAGAAGAAAAAAUGAAUAUAAUAAAAAGUGAUAAUCUUAAUAAUAAUAAAAAAGAGAAAGGGAAAAAGAAGAAAGAAAAGGAUGCGGAUAAGAAUAAGAAACAUAAAAACAAGAAUAUUCAUGAUAAUAAUAGAAAAAAAAAGAUGACUGUAAAUUAUAGGAAAAAAAUAAUUCAGUUUAUACGUAAUAAUAUAUAUAUAAAUUCUUACAUAUAUGAUUGUUUUGAAAAUAAAUAUACGAAUAAUAAAUUUUUUAAAGAUGAUGUAAUAAUAAUAAGGAAUACUAAAUCGGAAGAACAGGAAGAAGAAGAACAACAGUUAUCUUAUACUGUACCAUAUUAUAUAUAUGAAUUGAAUAAAUUUGUAUUUAUAAAAUUUAUGAAAUUUGAGAAAUAUAUAAAUAAAAAUCAUGACAUAGCAAAUGGAUAUAUACAAUAUUUGUUACAAAGUAAUAUUAAAUGUAUAAAUGGUUAUAUGAUAGGGAUUAGAUGGGUUCCCAAUGUAUUUGCUUAUGAAUAUUAUGUGUACAAAAUAACGGAGGAUGUACAAAGUGACUAUAAAAAAGAAAAUGGAUACAUGACUAAUAAUAAUAUAAAUGGUAGCAAUAAUAUUAAUAAUAAUAAUAAUGAUCGUCAUAAUAAUAAUCGUAAUUGUAAUACUAUAUAUAAUUAUUCUCUAGCAAUGGAAAAGGAUUCAAACGAAAUAACUAUGAAAUAUUUAAUCGAUUAUGAGAAUAAAGUAAUAGAUAAUGUAUUAUGUGUGUUACAUGAAUAUUACCAAACUAGCUUGUUCACUGAGCAUUGCAUAUUUAAUUUAUUUAAGUUGGUAUUAUUACGUGUAAGUUUAUAUAUUGGUGUGUUUAAUACAAAGGUAAUCACCUUAGAUUUGGAUAAGGCUAUGUAUCGAAUGAAAAAAUUUUCGGAGCCUAUUAGUAUGUAUGACAAUUAUGUGUUUUCAGAAAAUGAUAAUACUAUGUUAUUACAAGGUGGUGAUAUGGUCAACAUGGAGUACCACAUGAACGAAGUUGAUAAUAACAAUAAUAAUAUUAAUAAUGUAAAUAAUAUUUGUAAUAAUGGGAUCAAUUUGGAAGAAAAUGCAAAUAAUGCAAAUAAUGCAAGUAAUGGAGAUGAUGUGAAUGAUUAUAACGAUGGUUAUAAAGAGGAAGAUGACGAUGAUGAGGAAGAGGAUAAUAAUUUAACAAAGAAAAAAGAUGAGGAGAAUACAAAUUAUAAUAUCAAUAUUAAUGGUGCAGAAACUUCUGAUGAGGCAAAGAAUAAAAGUAAUUUAAGAAUAACCUUUUCAUCUGUUCAUUUUGAUAAUGAAGGAAAUAAAAUUAGUGAUAAUCAUAUAUAUGAGAAUAGAACUAAGCAUGUGUCUGAUAGUGACAUGAAUAAUAAUAAUAAUAAUAAUAAUAAUAAUAAUAAUAAAAAUAUAAAUUAUUCAUCUUCUCAUGAUAAAUACAAUGAAUUAUUUGUAAAGAAUGAAAAAUGUGAAAGUGAAAGUUAUUUACCCAACAAGUUGAAGAGUAAGAAAAAGGUGAGUUACAAUUUGGAUAACACAUCUAUAUCAUUAAGAAAUAAAAGAAGUAGAGAUGUUGGAAGUAGUCAAAAUUGUGAUCCUAAUAAUGAUCAUAAUAAUAAUAAUAUGAGUGGUAGUAGCAGUAACAAUAAUAAUAAUAAUAAUAGUAGUAGAGGAGGAGGAGGAAAAUGCUAUGGAAUAUUAAAAGGUGAAGGGGAUCAAUUUAGUAUAAAAUAUUAUAGUACAUCAGCAAAUAAUACAUCAUCAACUCUUAUUAAUAAUAAAAAAGAUUAUUAUUCAAAUGCAAGUGAUUUUAGUGGAACUUCUCAUUUAACGACUAAGCAUAAAUAUCACUUACGGAGUAGUAACCCUCAAUCAACUGAUAAUUAUUCAUCAGAAGAAUAUAUGCAAAGGAGUAGUAUGCGUACACGAGGUGCUGAAAGGUCAGCUAAUCGAAAUAAGAUGUUAUAUAAGCUUAUGAAUAAAAAUGGUUUAAUUGAACCAUAUUGGUGGUUCUUUUAUAAUUUAUAUGAAAAUGCUUGUAUACACGAAGGAAGCAGUAUAACAAAUAACAUGAACAAUAAUAAUAAUAUGAAUAGUAGUGGUAAUAAUUAUAACAAUUAUUAUUUUAAUAAAUAUAAUAAUAAUAAUAAUAAUCAGAAGAAGGGAACUUGCGGGGAAGAUGCCUUAAAUGAAGAACAAAAAAGAAUUCUAGAAAAAAAAUAUAAGAAUAAUUUGUUAAAUCAUUUUUGUGCAAACACCGAGAAAUUAAAAAUAAAAUAUAUAUCGAUGGUACACGAUAUUAUAUAUAAGAAAUAUAUGCUUUUAAAUAAUACUAUAUUUCCCCGAAAUUUACAUGAGUCAGAGAUAUUAUAUACAUUAUUUCCUCAUGAGCCUCAUACGUUUAUGUUUUUAUAUACGGAUGAUAAUUUUCAAUAUCAGAAUGAAGUAUUUUUGAAACAAGUAACCUUUAGUGAUAACAUUAAUUGGUAUCAUUAUCCCUUGGGUGGUCAAUAUAAUAAUAUGGAUUUGUAUAAAAAUAAUGUGCAUGAUGAAAAGGAGAGAAUGGUAUUACAUAUAAAUGAUUAUUAUAAUGGUUUAGGAACGUCUCCAUAUGUGAUAGGUAAAGAUUUUUAUGUGGAUCAUUUAAUUAUGGGUGAUUCCAAGGAUAGCACAUCCAAUAUGUUAAUGAGUAAGAAUUUGAAAUAUUCGAAUUUGCCAAAUUAUGAAAAGGUACGAGCAAAUUAUAGAGAAGCUCAUUUACGUAAUGAAAAGGAAUGGAAAAAUAUUCAGAAUGGAGGAUAUUAUAAGACCAUGCUACAUUUAGGAGAAGACAUGGAGCAUCCAUAUAAUUUUGGAGUAUAUCAAGAUCCUAUUAUAUCAGCAUAUGAAACGAAUAGGAAUGAUUAUGGGUUUACAAAUGGAAUAUUGGCAAAUAAAAUAUUGGAACCAUCUACUUCAUCGGCAGUAACAGCAGCAGUAGUAAGUAAUAAUACUGGAACUACUCAAAAUAAUAACAAAUAUGGUACAAAUAGUAAUAAUAAUAAUAAUAACAACAAUAACAAUAACAAUAACAAGGUGUUUACUUUUGAGAGACGUAGAAGAGGUGUGAAGGCCAAUGAAUAUUAUGACUACUUUGUGACUGAUAAAAGUUUGUUAGGAGGAAAAGGUAAGUUUCAUAAUGUGGGUGAAAAAAGAAGUGUUUCGAAUACAAAUUUCGGACGUAAUAAUAGAUAUUACGAUCAAAUGAUAGGAGAAGAUGAUGAUAAGAAAAAUACUAGUGAUAAUGAUUUAACUUCAUUAAAAAGAAGGAAGAAUGGGAAUAGUAAACGUGCAAAGAGUAAUAAUUUGUCUAAUGUGAAGGGUUACAGUAUAUAUAAUGUUGAAAAUAAUGGUGACGCACAAGCAGAAAAUGGAAAUAACAAUGUGAACAAUAAUUUGAAGGGUAAUAUGAAGGGUAAUAAUUUGAACGGUAAUACUAUUAAGAGUGAUGUAAUUAAUCAUGAUGAUUCGUUGAUACCUAUGGGACCCUUGCCUACCGGUGUAUAUUUCGACUCUGCUAGAAAAUUAUGGAGAUGUCAAUGGAAAGAAAAUGGAAAAUUUAAAACAAAAGGUUUUAGUUUAAUUCAUUAUAAUACACUUGAAGAAGCUCGAAAGCAAUGUAUUUUGUAUAGAUGCGAUGUAGGCAAUAUACCUGUAAAGAGUGAGUGGUUAAAUCCGGUAUAUGUAAGAUCCUCUUAUUUUUAUAGUAAGAAAUAUGCAAGUAGUGCACAUAAUGCGACAAGUGCAGGAACUAAUUAUACUACAACAGCUGCGCAUAGGGAGUUGAAAACAAGUUCAUUGAACUUGAGUCGAUUGAAAGAGAAGACAGGAGUAAGUCAAGGGGCAACGACCACGAAUAAUAAUGAUAAUAAUAUGGAUAAUGUGAGCAAUGUGAAUCAUGUGGAUAAUGUGGAUAAUAUUGUUAACAAUAUGGAUAAUAAUUUGAACAAUGUGGAUAAUAAUGUGAACAAUGUGAACAAUGUGAACAAUAAUAAUGUAAAAAGUAGUGGAGUUGAAAAAGGAUUUAUGGAUGGCUCUAGCAAAGGAUCAAAUGAUGAAAAUUAUUAUGUUGGCCAGACCAAUACAAUUAGCAAUACGAAUAAUAAUAGAUAUUCUACUCGAAAUAAUACAGCUGCAUGUGCUGCUGCAAGUGACAAGGGGAAUGAAAUUGAUAUAUCCAUUUUACAGGAAUUUGUUUCAAAAAAUAAAGAAGGUGGUGUGUCGGUAGAUGGAGGAUUGAUUGAGAGUGCUUUGGUCGAAAGAGGAUUGAUUGAAAGUGGGUUACUAGAUAGUGGUUCAGUUAAUAAGAACAAUAUGUCAUUGCGUUUGAACUCGAAGAAUGUGAUGCUUGGAUAUAACGGUGAGGAGAAUAAUAAAAGAAAAAAAAAUAUAAAAGAUAAAAAAAAUAUAAAAGAUAAAAAAAAUAUAAAAGAUAAAAAAAAUACAAAAGAUAUAAAAAAUAUAAAAGAUAUAAAAAAUAUGAAUAAUAUGAAUAAUAUGAAUAAUAUGAAUAAUAUGAAUAAUUAUAAUUAUAAUAUUUAUAAUUUCCUUUUUGCAGAUAAGAAAAAUAAGAAUAAUAAUUUGAACAUUGGUGUCAAGGAGGAAGAGAAGCGACGAAAACAGGUGGACGUGGUAGGCGAUGGAAGUGGAACACAUGCAUUGAAAAGAAGCAAGCGAAGUAAGAGUAAUAGCAAAUACAAAAUGGACCUAAGGGUAGGAGACUUAAAAGAAGAUUUUGGAAAAGAUAUGUCUAAUUUAAUUAAUGAAGAGGAUAUAGAAAAUUUUAGAAAUACAUUUAAUAAAGAGUAUUUAAAAAGUGUACUAACAAAUGAUAAUAACAAUGAUGGUAUAAAUAAUAAUAAUGAUGACAUUAAUAAUAAUAAUAAUAAUAAUAAUAAUAAGAACAAUAAUAAGAACAAUAGUACUAAUAAGAGCAACAAUAAUAAGAAGAACUACAAUAAUAAGAACCAAAAUAAUAAUGAUAACAACAACGAUAAUGGUAAUAAUAAUAAUAAUAAUAAUGAUGACAAUAAUGGGGACAAUAAUAUUAGAAGUAAUUCAUUUUUCCUAGAUGGAAAAGAUAUUAACAAUGAAUAUAUAAAUAAUGAGAACUUUCCAAAUGACAUUCAGUCGUUCUUCAAGUUUUUAAAUUCUAAGGAUGUGAAAGAUGAGACUAAAGGAAAAAAGUAUUUGGAUUUUAAAUUGGGAAAUGGACUUGAUGGAGAGGAGGAAGGAGGUGGUGAUUAUGAUGAGAAGGAAGACGAUUUAUUAGAUGAAAAUAAGAAUGGAUUAAAUUUUUUAAAUGAUGAUAUUAAUAAUAAUAAUAAUAACAAUAAUAAUAAUAAUAACAAUAAUAAUAAUAAUAAUAAUAAUAAUAAUAAUAAUAAUAAUAAUAAUAAUAUUAAUAAUAAUAAUAAUAAUAAUAAUAAUAAUAAUAAUAAUAAUAAUAAUAAUAAUAAUAAUAAUAAUAAUAAUAAUAAUAAUAAUAAUAAUAAUAAUAAUAAUAAUAAUAAUAAUAAUAAUAAUAAUAAUGAUUUGUUUGAGGCUAUGAAAGCUUUUAUGAAAUAUAAUGGAAAUAUGAUGAAUAAUGAAAAAGGCGAAUUGUUAUAUGGUAAAGGUGGUAAUAAUAAUAAUAAUAAUAUUAGUAAUAGUGGAACUUAUGUUAAGAAUAAGAAGAGUUCCAAGUAUGAGAAUAAGUCAUAUGGUGGUGAUGUGAUUCCAAGAAAAGAGAUGAAGAAAGAGAGAAGUAAAAAAUCACAAAAAUUAUUAAGUUCUCAAGUUAAUGAAUCGUCAGCACCCGUUAGUAAUAAUUAUAAAGGUGGUGGAGUACAAUUUUAUAUGAAUUUAGAUACGACUAAUUUGUUGGCAGCAUCUCUAAUGACAAAUAAUAUAAUUAAUAAUUUGAAUAGUCAAGGUAAUGGAGACAAUUCUCAUGUUAAUAAUAAUUAUAAUAAUAAUGCUUUGGGUGACAUGAUGAAAAGUAGUAAUAAGGAAGGUGUAGGUUCGUCUUGGUCUCCAUCAAAUAUGUGUCCUGAUAUAUUUUUCCAGGAUAUCCAAAAUUUCAUUAACUUUGCUAAGCGUAAGGAGUGUAUAAAUGAUGAAAAGGGGGAGAACGGCGAGGGUAUCCCGACGAAUAUGCGCAUUAUUGGUAAUAAUAAUAAUAAUAAUAGCAAUAGUGGUAGUAUAAUAGAGAAUGAUGUGUAUGAGAAUUAUUUAAAGUCGCUUAUAGUUCAGUAUGAGAACGAGGAAAAGUUAAAGGAAAAACAGUACGUCCAAAUGAAUAACAACAAUAAUAAGAAUAAUAAUAAGAAUAAUAAUAACAACAAUACUAAUAAUACUAAUAAUAAUAAUAACAACAAUAAUAACAGCAACAAUAACAAUAAUAAUAAUAAUGUGAAGUAUUUCCAAUUUGGAGAUAAGGAAGAAGAAGAAGAUAAAGAGAAUUUGGCUAAUUUAGAUAAUGACAAAUUGGAAAAGGAAAAAAAUGGAGGAGGUGGUGUUGUGUCUUCUAGUUCUUCAUCACCUACUACUGGUUUUUUUCAAAAGUAUUUAAAUAUCUUUAGCAAGAAAAAGAAUGGAAAUGAAUCUGAGGAAUAUAUGAACAAUAAGAGUCAGGUAGAUAACUCUAAAUAUGUGGAAUGUGGGAAUGGAGAAAAAGAAACGAAUGAUUAUAAUACUCGUCGAAAAAAGAAGGAUGAGAAAUUUAGUGUUAGUAGUAGUAAUGCUUUAUAUGAUAUGAGUAAAGUGUUGAAUAAUAAUGGUUUGGGUAGUAUGAAUAGUUAUAAUGAGGCUUAUAAGAAGAACUUAAAUUUUCUCUUACAAAAAAGUAGUAUGAAUAAUAAUAAUAUGCAUUUGAAUGUAUAUAAUAACGGAACAGGAGAUAACCAUGUGGACAAUUUAGAAGGUGGCAAUAAUAAAGUGUUGAAAAAGUACCAUAACAAUUUAGGUUUUAAUAAUAUGUCGGAGGCAAGUUUAUAUGAAUAUUUUAAUUUUGCUGCGCUUAAUAAUAACAAUGGUAGUAAUAUAUUUGGUCAAGAUAGAAAGAAAAAUGGACAUAUUUCCAUUAACACUAAAAGUAGUAGUAUCUUUAUGAAUGGUAUGCACAUGAAUAAUUAUCACAAUAGUGUAAAUAACAUGAAUAGUUUUAAUAGUAAUAGUGACCAUAUGGAACCAAAGUAUGAUGGAUAUGAUGACAGUAUGAUGAGGGGAAUGGUAGAAAGGGGAUUAUCUUCAUCGCUUUAUUUUGGUAAUAAGCAAAAAGGAAAGGAAUCAAGUAACAAUUUGAACAAUAAUAAUAAUAAUAUUAUAAAUAACAUGAAUCAUAUGAAUCAUAUGAAUAAUAUGAAUAAUAUGAAUAAUAAUCAAUAUGUGGAUGGUCAGUUAACAGAAAAUGAAAUUUCUAAUCAAAAUGUUGCUGGUAACAUUAAAAGCAGUAAAAAGAAAAAAGGUAGUACAAAUGAUGAUGAAAAUAUUAAUUUAAUAAAACAAUCCUUGCCGAAAGGUAUUUAUUAUGAUCAUGCGAAAAAAUUAUACAGAGUGCAAUAUAUAAUAAAUAAUUCAAUAAAAACGAAAGGAUUUAGUGUAAAGAAAUUAGGUCUAGCACAAGCCAAAAUCGAGGCAGAAUCAUUUAGAAACUUUUGUUUAGAAAAUGGGUUAUUGAAUUCUCGAAAGAGGAGGUUAAAUUCUCCGUAUAAUAAGAAGGAUGAGAGUUUUAGUAUGAUGCCUGACAAUGAGGAGAUCCUAUCCAAUUUGUUGUUUUUGUAUAACUCGAACAUGAAUAAUAGUAUGAACAAGAUGAGUAUUAAUACUGAUGGUAAUAAUAAUGAUGAUAAUAAUAAUGAUAAUAAUAAUGAUGAUAAUAAUAAUGAUAAUAAUAAUGAUGAUAAUAAUAAUGAUGAUAAUAAUAAUGAUGAUAAUAAUAAUGAUAAUAAUAAUGAUGAUAAUAAUAAUGAUGAUAAUAAUAAUGAUGAUAAUAAUAAUGAUAAUAAUAAUGAUGAUAAUAAUAAUGAUAAUAAUAAUGAUGAUAAUAAUAAUGAUAAUGAAAUGUAUCAAAAUGAAUAA